GCUGCAAUUCGUAUUGACAUGUAUCAACUUGAAUACAAUUUAGAAGUACGAAGCAAACAAAGCAAAUAUUUCUCUUAAUACGUUGUGUCUGUGGUACGAAAACGCUGCGUGUAGACGGAAUGUAGAAGUGAGAAGGCUUUCAGCACCUCAGACAGCGAAAGGCGGCAGCGAGAACAGACACGCACCUGAGUGACAUUUUAGAAAACACGUGAUGCCUUUUCGUUAACGACACUCAUCCAGAUAGAUUAUGCAGGAUCGACGAGAAAGCAAGCAAACACGAGCUCGGCGCGAUGGAACAUUUAAUCAUAACGUGAAUGUGGUCUUGUAUUUUGAUUCGUGUCAAUGUAUCGUUCAAUAGCCCAUACACUACUUGUUAAUGCUUAUGCGGUUUUACGGACGAGAUGAAUUAGACGGGGUAUGUUUCUUUAAAAUGCAAGAAGAGUUGUUUAUGAAGGACGAAUGUUUUUUUCAGGGUUAUGAAGAUAUAUUUUUUUCCAAAAAGGCUGAGGAGAUGAUUUCAUGAUCAGCUAUGGGUUUCUCGAUUAGCUCACUGUCACGGACGGAGAUCCGCCGUGUGAAGCCACUGGCCAAAUCGCAGCCUCCCCGUCGCUACCAACCCGCGCCAAGCUACAACUACAAGUGGACGGAAAUCCACUACGAGGCCAGUCGCGGAAACCUGGACAAACUGCGCGCGCUUCUUCUUACACUGGAGUUGUUGCUCUCGCUCUGUUCCACUACUCCAGAUAAAGAGCAGAUCAACAGGAAAGACUACUACGGGAAGACGCCGCUCUACUGGGCUGCUUACAAGGGCCAGAGGUCAUCGGUGGAGCUGCUGCUGAAAUGCGGCGCGGACGUGAACUCGCAGUGCAAGCACGGGGGCACGCCUCUACACGCCGCCGUGGGGCUCUUUCCGGACUGCGUGCUCGUCCUCGUACAGCACGGGGCAGACGUAGACCUCCCGGACAUCUGGGGUGUCACGCCUAUGUACCUGGCAGCCUGCAGCGGGCAGAUCGCAUGCAUCCACCUGCUGGUCCAAGCAGGCGCCAAGAUCAACUACAAGAACAAGAAGACGGGGGAAGCCCCGAAGCAGCUGUCGUCCCGGCCGACGUUGCUAAAGUGGCUGGAGGAGCUGGUGCGUGAGCCUCGCUCCCUCCAGCAGCAGUGCCGCCGGGCCGUCCACCACGCCCUCGGCCCCGCCCGAAUCCCCGCCCUCUUCUCCCUCCCCAUCCCCUUCUCCCUCAGGGCCUACCUGAUGUUCCAGGACCUGCAUGUCCCGGACACAGUGGGGCAGAACCCCACUGACGAUCACUGGACAUCGGAGCAGAGUGUCCUGGCGGUGGCCUGAGCAACCGGACAGUGGUGGGAGGGGCCAGAUGUACUGAUGGCUCCUCCCCCAUUUGGGACAACAACUCGAUGUGACCGAAAAUGCACGACUGAUCAAAAACCCGCUUUCACAAGCUCUGCAACCCUUCACCAACACAACCCUUUUGUUCGUCUGUAAGGACAAAACAAAAGCCAAAAGACUGGAUUGGACUGGAUUGAUGUUUUUCCAUUUCUAGAGACCCUGAGGGGAUCCAGGAUACCUUAGAGGGUCUCUGAUGCAAUCACUGGCAGAUUCACUCUCCCUGGAAUUAACGGACCUAAAUGAUUGUGGUCGCUGACAGACAUUGAAAAUGUAAGAGUGUACCGGAAAAGAAACAUUUUUACUCGCA